AUGAGUCAAGAUCAAGCUUUAAGUACAGAUAACAAUAUUCAACAAUCUCAGGUCGAUUUACCAGAAUCCAUUGCAGAUGUUUCAGUAGUUGAGCCAGAAAUUUCUGAAACAACUGUAAAUGCUGCAACCAACGAUACAAACAGUAGACGAAUUCGUCUUGCCAAGCAUUCAAUGAAUUCAACUGAAGCAAAAUAUAAGGAAUUUAAAACAAUUGAACAUUUUAAAGAGUAUAAACUGUAUUCUGAAGCUAGAGAAAAAGCUACUAACAUGGCCGUUGUAAGGGUUGUAGACGCUAACAUUAGACCUAUUAUUACCACUAUUCGUAGUUCACCCAUUUUACUCUCAACAAGAUUUUUAACAGACUUCUUAGAUAAAACUGUUUUAGCAACUGUUAUUUUUACAGAAAAUUUUAUGCCUUGCAUGAAAAAGACAGGUUCGCAAGAAAUUGUGAAGACUAUCACAUAUCCAGUUGUUUUACCUUUACGGUUGACAAAAGAUGUCAAGGACGCUACCAUCGAGGUUACUACCUAUUUCAUCUACAGGCCAUAUCAUAAUCAAUUAGUUAGAUUUAGACAUUUUUACAACAGGAGGUUCCUUGAUACUAAGAAUAAACCAUUAAUUAGAGGAAACCUUGACCCAAUAAUUGGUCCCUUGAAUAAUAAUAUUGAAAAGAUGGUAAAAGCACGCUUCCCAGAUAUGAUGGUUCAUCACAAAGAGUCAUUCUGUUGCGAGACUUCUAGAAGCGCCUCAUUGGUUUAUGUUGCAACAAAGGGUACAAAAGCAUCUACCUUAAAACACAUGACGAAUAAAAUGAUGAUGCCUUGUAUGGCUGUUCAUAGGGUUAAUGAAAUAUUCAAUAAGCAUCUAGACAAACAAGAAGACUUACGGUUAAGAAGUGUCUUGAGAGCUUCUGAUGGUGCAUUCAAGGAGAUAGAGAAUGAAGCUAUGAACUACUUAAGAAAUAAUUUCUUACCGAGGAGGUUUAAAAAGGAACCAACCGAAAUUUUAGUUGAGAUUCAAUCAAUAGAUGAAGAAUCUGAAUAUCAUAUCCUUCCUAUCGGCGACCCCAUUGAAACUCACAGCCAUGGGUCCUCCACUGUUGAAGAUACCGUAAAUCCGGAUGCCAUACCCGAGGCAGAGCCUUCCUCUGAGCAGAAUGUUUCUACUGAAAAUAAUCCAUCUCUCCAAGUAGACCAACCCUUACCAGUUUGA